GGAAUUACAGUAUGAGAGUUCAGCAGAAUUCCUCAGCUUGCACAACAAUCCAAGCAACACAACCAUACAACAUGGAUGAUUCCAUUUGUACCAUCCUUUUCUCCUGUCUUCUCAUCCAAGCACUGAGCGCCCCUCAUCAGGACACCGACUCAUCUCAUAAUAAUAAUGGACAAAAUGGUAUCUUUGGCCUGGACGAUGUCUUCAGCAGGCUCACAGAAUCCAACACAGGACAAAAUGCUAUCUUUGGCCCCGACGAUGGCUUCAGCAGGCUCACAGAAGCCAACAAAGGAAGCAGAGUCCGGCGGGUUCAAGGAGACAUCGCCAUUGGGGUGUCACGCAGCGCCCUCAACUGCACGAAUUGCUUAUGGCCGAAAACAAAUGGGACCGUGUAUGUGCCGUACACACUGGAUGAUGAGUACAGUAACAAUGAAGUCAAUACAAUCACGGCGGCCAUGCAAGUGUACGCCACCCUGACCUGCGUGCAGUUUGUCCCUUACACUGAUGAAGAUGAUUAUGUUGCUAUAAAAUCUGCCAAUGGCUGUUGGUCCUACAUGGGGCGUCAAGGAGGUGCCCAAGUGGUGUCUGUAGAGAAAGGUUACUGUACUUCCGAGGGGACAACCAUGCACGAACUCAACCAUGCCCUGGGCUUUGUACAUGAGCAGUCCAGGAGCGACCGGGAUAACUAUGUUAAUAUAAUGUAUCAGUACAUCUCACCAGGUGACAUCGUCAACUUUGAGAUAAUGAAUACCAACAACCUCAACACAAUAUAUGACUACCGCUCUAUCAUGCAUUACCCAGCGUGGGCUUUCAGCAACACAACUGGACAAAACACUAUAGUGGCCAAGCCUAACCCCAAUAUAAUAAUUGGAGCGGGAAGCACAAUGACCAGCUUGGAUAUUAUAAAGAUAAACCGGCUCUAUGAGUGUGAUGUCUGUAGUUCUCUCCUUACUGAUGCCAAGGGAACUGUCACCUCAGCCAAUUAUCCAUCUCCUUACCCAAAUAAUGCCAAGUGUGUGUGGGUCAUCCAGGCACCGUCCGAUUUGGUAACCCUGACGUUCGCUGCCUUUAAUCUCCAAUCUGCCCCAAACUGUGCCUCUGACUACAUUAGAGUUUAUGAUGGGCGCACCAGAACUUCCCCGCUGCUACUGGACAGAACCUGUGGGUCUAAACGCGUUCCUGCACUGAUCGCCUCAUCAAGUAUGAUGUUAGUGGAGUUUGUCGGUAGUAAAAACCUAAAAGCAACUGGUUUCAGUGCCUCGUACAGUACAGUGAAAUGUGGGGGCACUUAUUUCACCCCAUCAAGGAACAUCACUUCCCCUGGAUACCCCAAGAAUUACCCCCCUAAUAGCAACUGUUCCUAUAUCAUUACUGCUCCGGCUUCCCAUAAGGUCUCCCUGAGCAAGAUCAGUUUCUAUACACAAAAUAGCCACACAUGUAGCAAUGAUUACCUGUCUGUGUAUGAUGGGACUUCCACUAACGCACCCCUCCUGAAGACAUUCUGUGGACCCCUGUUCACCCUUUCGGCCACCUCCACUGGUCAGAACAUGUUCCUCAGGUUCAUCAGUGAUCAAACAGAGCAAGCGCCUGGCUUUGUGCUGACAUACAGUUUUGUGCCUAUAUCCUGAAAUGCAACUUAGAAUGUGGAUCCAAUUCCCCUGGUGAUUCAGAUGUCAUUCAUAUUGAAUCCUAAACAUCUUGGAUAUCUUAGCAAGUAUUUAUGUCCUUAGAUGGUCGAGUAGAACAUAGCAAUUUUGAAAUAUGUGUUCAGAAUGUCUUAUUUCUCUUUAGAAAUAUAAGGGCAGGACUGCUGCUUACAAUGGGGAUCAGAUAUCUGUCACUGUGACAGAAUGCUCUGUUAUACAGAUAGCUAGAAUCUCAGCCAUAAAGCAGGGCAGGACUGCUGCUUACAAUGGGGAUCAGAUAGGAUCUGUGUCACUGUGAC